GACAUUCCAGGACAUUCCACCCAGCCCACAUGUCCCGGUGCGGAUCUGUCUUGGUCGCUUUACGCUCGUAGCGGUGGCCGCGCUGCUAUCACCAGCGCCUUGGCGGUGUUUGCAUCAGAGCCUCUUCGUGGCACCACGAGAGACCCCUCACAGCCGAGAUGUUUCUGUGGCAAGGUUUGGUAUGCCGGCUGCGGGGCCUCCUUUACCCUCGCAGCCCAUGGGAGUGCCAUGGUCCAAGGCUGGUGGGCCGGUCCUGGUGGAGCUCUUCCUGGAUUUAUGCUGCCCAUUUUCCAAGCGCAUGCUGCAUACCGUGGCAGGUGGGGUGGCAGCUUCCUUCGAGGGCAAGGUAAACUUCGUCUUCCACUCGGUGGUGCAACCAUGGCACGCACAAAGCAGCUACAUGCAUGAAGCAUCACUGGCAGUGCUGAAACUGCACGGUCCAGAUGCCUUUUGGAAAUACGCAGUGGCAGUCACCGAACGGCAAGAUGAUUUCUUUGAUGACGAGGUCUUUGAGAAGAGCCGGCAGCAGAUUUACAAGGACUUGGCCAUCCUGGCCCAUGAGCAAGGCUUUGAUGACAAGAAGAUCAUGGCAAGGCUGCAGCUGGCCGGUCUGGGGAAUGCCGGCAAUGCCGUGACUCAACACCUGAAGUGGGCGGUCAAGUUUCAUCGCGUACGCGGAGUGCAUGUGACACCCACUGUCUUCGUGAACGGGUUGGAGGCAGGCAUUGUGAGCAGCGAUUGGAAUGCAGAUGAAUGGGCAGCAUUUCUCGACUGGCAUGUCAACAAGACCACACCGGGCAUCCCCGAGACAUGGCUGGUGCAGGGUGAAG